ACGGCGUGCGUGUUUGCGUUAGCCAUCAACCUUCGUGUUCCAUUCCCCAUCACACAUUUUCUUCGUCCACAACAAAUCUCAUAUCAUUUCAGACAAUUCAAGAACCAAAACCCACGUCCCUGCACGAAGAGACGACAACCACCCGCCUGCCGCCGCCGCCAUCAUCAUCAUGGUUCUGUCUGUGCUGCUGAAGUUCUUAUACCCGCCGCCGGGGAGCGUGGUGAUAACGGCGAUGUCAGUGAUAAGUUUCGUGUCGUUGAGCAAUGCAGGAUGGAAGGAGACGAAGGGAAAGCACAUACAGUAUUCUAAGCUGAGGAGCGCUGCAGGCGAUGGCGAUGAGAAGAAGGAGAAGGCGAAGGUGCCAAGCAAAGUGGGCAUGAUUGUGGCCUACACUCCGGCGUUUCUUGCCGGAGUUUCGUCUUUCUUCAUCUUCCCACUUGCGGAUUUCAGGUUUAAUUUGCUCCGCUCUGCCGUCACCACCCAUUUCUUCAAGAGGGUUUUUGAGGUGUUGUUUGUUCACAAGUACAGCGGGUCGAUGGAUGUGGAGGCCAUGAUCACCAUCUCUCUCAGUUACUUCCUCUCCUCGGCAACCAUGAUCUACAAUCAACACUUGGUGCAAGCAGUGCCGGAACCAGCUGUUGAUCUCAAGUUGGUCGGCGUUCCGAUGUUUGUACUGGGAAUUGGUGGUAAUCUCUAUCACCAUUACCUUCUGUCCAAGCUCAGAAGUGAGGGAGAAAAACAGUACAAAAUCCCCCAAGGUGGCCUCUUCUCUCUAGUCAUAUGCCCACACUACCUGUUCGAAAUCCUAGGUUUUUUCGGGAUUUCUUGCAUUUCUCAAACGGUUUACGCGUUUUCCUUCACUCUCGGAACAACCUUCUUAUUGAUGGGAAGGAGUUACGCGACUAGAAAAUGGUACGAGUCUAAAUUUGAAGAUUUUCCGGAGGAUGUCAAGGCGUUAAUACCUUAUCUUUUUUAAUUAGAACUCGAUGAUGUUAGAAUAAGUGACCGACGAGUUAGUUUCCACGCCUUGUAAAUUUAUUGUGUGGGCAUUGUUCUUUCAGUAAUAAUGUUACUAGUUAUUGAAUUUGUGUUUCAUCUUUAUUUUAUACUUACUAUAAAUUCUUAAUGUAUGGUGUUACCUUUGUAUUGACCUCAAAA